CAAAGGCUUCUUAUUCAACCAACGUGGUGGUUUGCUAGCGAACAUUAAACCGAAAUAUUGAAGCGUUUAAGACAAAUCUUGUGUAUAUUACUCUUAGUGUUUUAAACACAAUUCUGUGUACAUAUCUACUCGUUCAUUGAAACGUAGAUUGCUUGUUAAAUUAGCUAAUGUGGUAAAUUGAUAUUGCACUAGGCUAAUCGCCCGGAACAUGAGCUCACUAAUCUCGACGGAGAAAGAAGCUCUGGUGAAAGGAGAGGAAGAAGCUUUCAGGAUGAAAAGGGAGGAAGAGGAGUCUAUCACGUUGAAAGAAGAAGAGGAUGAUAUUACAGUGAAAGAGGAAUAUGGGAAAGAGGUUGUGGAAGAGGAGGAUGUAGAAGCUUUCAGAAUCAAAAAGGAGGAAGAUGCCGUAAUUUUGAAAGAAGAGGAAGAACCUUUUGGAGUAAAAGAGGAAGAGGAGGCUAUCUCAAUUAAAGUGGAGGAGGAAGACGUUUUGGGAGUGAAAAAGGAUGAGGCUGAAAAUUCGAGAGAGAGACAUGACUAUCGUGGAUCCUCUGGGAAGCCUCAACAACCUCAUGAAGCUGAAGAGGCAGAUAAGAGUCUCUCCAGAUCUGAACACCAGAUGGACAACGCUAGCCCUUCCUCCCUCCCGGAGUCCCCGGGCGUGCCUCUCCCGGUAGCAGAUAGGUUGUCUGUGCUGCUGGGGACUAGGAAACGGGGUGAGUGGAACUGUGAGAGGAGGAGAAGAGAAGAAAGUGCUGUACUGAAACAGCUGCUCUCCCCCUCUCUCUCCCUGUAG